GGAAAUGGUGCUAGUUCUUCCUUUCCAGACACCAUCUUCAGGUCGUUUUAUUUUAAAUCGGUAAGGGGACAUGAAUCGAUUCAGCUUGCGGCGGGCCAAAGUUGACGGGCGCAGGACCAUUCCCGGGCGUGGAUGGGAUGGAUGAGAUGGAUGUGCCCAAAAUUGUCGAUACGCCCAGGAAAUUUCCGGAAAUGCGAAAUUAGCGCUGGGGGAAUGCUGUCCAUUCGAAAUGAGUAACGAAGCAGUGCCGUGCACUAAUAGCCUCAACCGCGCCCUCUCCCACCCACCUUUUAGAACACGAUGAAGCACAUUUUCAAGGACGACGUUAUCAACGUUCCCGAGGGCGUUACUGUCGAGGUCAAGGCCCGCCAGGUCCGCGUUACCGGUCCCCGCGGCACUCUGCAGCGUGACCUGCGCCACAUCAACAUGGACGUGCAGCGCCCGACCCGCGACACCAUCCGCGUCAUUGUCUGGCAGGGCGGCCGCAAGCACAUUGCCUGCAUCCGCACCGUCUGCUCGAUCAUCAACAACCUGAUCAUCGGCGUCACCAAGGGCUUCGAGUACAAGAUGCGCUUUGUCUAUGCCCAUUUCCCCAUCAGCGUUAACAUCGAGAAGAAGGAGAACCUGAUCGAGAUCCGUAACUUCCUGGGCGAGAAGCACGUGCGCAAGGUCCCCAUGCUCGAGGGCGUCGAGGUCGUUCAGUCCAUCAACGUCAAGGACGAGAUCGUCCUCACCGGUAACGAUAUUGACAACGUCUCGCAGUCGGCCGCCUCCAUCCAGCAGGCCACCCGCGUCCGCAACAAGGAUAUCCGUAAGUUCCUUGACGGUAUCUACGUCUCGGCCAGGGGCAACAUUGUCAAGGAGGAGUAAACUCUUUCAGUAGUAAUUUGCUCUUUGCUUUGAAGUCUUCCCUCGUGCAAAAAAUCAUGAGGGGGCCACUCCAUGGGCUCUCUUUACC